GUCCUGAUAAUAGUAUAUAGAGACAGUUGAUUAGUACUGAAUCCUGGGAAACAAAAAAGCAAAGAAGAAUUAGGAAUCAAGAAGUCGAGAGAUGGUGGAAGAGAAAAUAAAAAAAGAAGCAGAGGAAGAGGCUCAGGCUCAAGUGGAUAUAUGGAAAUACGUUUUCGGCUUUACUGAAAUGGCUGUCGUGAAAUGUGCAAUUGAGCUUGGGAUUCCAGACUUCCUGGAAGGCCAGGAUGGCCAAGCCAUGACACUUGAUGGGCUGUCUGCCGCCCUUGGUUGCUCGCCUUCUUCCCUUUACCGAAUCAUGAGGUUCUUAACCAACCGCGGCAUCUUUAGACAAGUUAAUCAAGGACUUGGCUGCUCCUCACAAAAUAGUACUAGCAAUGCUAUUGCUUGUAGCAGUAUUACCUAUGUACAGACGCCCCUCUCUCGUCUUCUGGCUAGAAAUGGAGAGAAAAGCAUGGCUGCUAUUGUGCUACUGGAAAGCAGCCCUGUGAUGCUUUCGCCGUGGCUUGGCUUGGGGCGACGUGUCUUGGCAAAUAGCCCUCCUCCAUUUGACACUUAUCACGGCCAGGACGUAUGGAGUUACGCGCAAAACAAUCCUGCUCACAGCAAGCUGAUCAACGAUGCCAUGGCUUGCGAUGCUCGGGUUGCAGUUUCGGCCAUGAUCAACGGGUGUCCGCAGGUGUUCGAGGGGAUUUCUUCGUUGGUGGAUGUCGGCGGAGGCGACGGAACGGCUCUCCGGACAUUGCUCAAGGCUUGCCCUUGGAUCCGCGGGAUCAAUUUUGAUCUUCCUCAUGUUGUCUCUGUUGCCCCUCGUUCUGAUGGCGUGGAGCAUGUUGGAGGCGACAUGUUUCACAGCGUUCCAAAUGCUGACGCUGCUUUUAUCAUGUGGGUGUUGCAUGACUGGGGAGAUGACGAAUGUAUCAGCAUAUUGAUGAACUGCAAAGAAGCUAUUCCUCAAGACACGGGGAAAGUGAUCAUCGUAGAGGCUGUGAUAGAUCAUGAAGGAGGAGACGGCAAGCUUAAAGACGUGGGUUUGAUGUUAGAUAUGGUGAUGAUGGCUCAUACAACCACAGGAAAAGAAAGAACGUCAGAGGAAUGGGCACAUAUUCUGAACAAGGCUGGAUUCAGCAGACACACUAUGACACACAUCCAAGCUGUUCAAUCUGUAAUUGAGGCCUAUCCUUAACUUUGGAUAGACUUGGAUUUGAUUGCAUAUUCUAUGCCCUACUUUGAUUUCUUUGUUGUCCUCACGCUUGCUACUUGCUUGUGUGUGACAUAAUAAGGGACAUUUGGCCCCCCUACUAGGAGUUUGUGUUUUAAUGAGAUAGUGAAUCAUUUGGACCUUCUCGUUCACAACAUA